GCGCGCGUAGUCCGGUCGCGUUACCAUGGUGACGCGGGGCCUGGCGUGAGCUUUUAGGCCUCGCGGUGAUGUUUGUGUGGUGAAAAGCAGAGCCCGGGACGAGGGAAGAGGCAUAACGGUUUGCUUUUCUUAGAAGCGCGGGAGGCUCGCCGCCAUGGACCUGGGCCUGAGCCGGGUGGAUUAUCUGCAGGUGGGAGUGACAUCUCAGAAGACCAUGAAGUUGCUCCCUGCAUCAGGACGUAAGGCCACACAGAAGGUUGUUAUUGGAGAUAAUGAUGGUGUUGUUACCUGUUUCGGUAUGAAAAAAGGAGAAGCUGUGCCAGUAUUCAAGACCUUGCCAGGGGAGAAGAUUGCAAGGCUAGAACUGGGAGGUGCUCUUAAUACACCCCAGGAGAAAAUUUUUGUGGCUGCAGGGUCUGAGGUUAGAGGUUUCACAAAGAAAGGGAAGCAGUUCCUUGCAUUUAACACCAACCUCACUGAGAACAUCAAAGCUAUGCAUAUAUCCGGAUCAGAUCUCUUUCUUGGUGCAAGCUAUGUCUAUAACCAUUACUGUGACUGUAAGGAUCAGCAUUACUACCUAUCAGGAGACAAAAUCAAUGAUGUUCUCUGCCUUCCAGUAGAGAAGCUGUCUUGCAUUACACCAGUAUUGGCAUGUCAAGAUAGAGUUGUUAGAGUUUUGCAGGGGUCAGAUUUGCUGUAUGAAAUGGAAGUUCCAGGUCCACCCACAGUUCUGACUUUGAACAAUGGAAAUGGUGGUGACUCUGGUGAAGAAGUUCUGUUUGGGACAUCUGAUGGUAAAAUUGGCCUAGUAGAGAUCUCUGGUGUUUCUCCAGUAGAAAAGUGGAAAAUUGAAAAUGAGAAAAAAAGAGGUGGCAUCUUAUGUAUGGAUAGCUUUGAUAUUUUGGGAGAUGGAGUUAAAGAAUUGAUCAUCGGUCGUGAUGAUGGAAUGUUAGAAAUCUAUAACUUUGAAUAUGCAAAAAGCCCUAUCCUUAGAUAUGAAUAUGCCUUGUCAGAAAGUGUCACAUCUGUUCAAGGUGGCUGUGUUGGGAAAGAGGGCUAUGAUGAGAUCAUAACAUCAACAUAUUCAGGGUGGGUGUCAGGACUGACUACAGAGCCUACCCACAGAGAAUGUGGAUCAGGGGAUGGCUUAAAGAUGACUCAUGAAAUGCAGAACAAGGUUUUGUCCUUAAGGAAUGAAUUGGAACAGCUACAGAUCAAGGUACUUCAUGAGCGUGAAAAAUACCAGCAGUCCUCUCAGUCCAGCACUGCUGUGUCAGCAGUUCCAACCUUCAGCAUAAAUGAUAAGUUUACAUUAAAUAGAGAUGAUGCAAGCUACAGCCUUGUUUUAGAAGUCCAGGCAGCAAUUGAUACUGUCUUGCUUCAGUGUGAUGUUCCAAUAGAUCUAAAGGAUGUGGAUAAAAAUUCAGCUGUGGUUAGUGUUGUUGACUGCGAAUCAGAGCCAAAUGGCAACUUCCUCCUUGCCACAUAUCGCUGUCAAGUAAAUACCACAAGGUUGGAGCUUAAGAUUCUAUCAAUUGAAGGCCGGUAUGGGACUCUGCAAGCAUAUGUAACUCCAAGAGUUCAACCAAAAACCUGUCAAGUUCGGCAGUAUCAGAUUAAGCCACUUUCACUUCAUCAGAGGACGCAUUGCAUUGAUCGUGACAGACCCAUGAAUACACUAACCCUCAAAGGCCAGUUCAGCUUUGCUGAAGUUCACUCCUGGGUGGUGUUUUGCUUGCCUGAAGUUCCUGACAAGACACCAGUGGGGGAGACUGUCAGCUUCUACUUUCAGAACACCUUUUUGGAUACACAACUUGAAUGUACUUACCGGAAAGGCGAGGGCUACUUCAAAUCUGACAAUAUAUCCACAAUAUCUAUUCUAAAGGAUGUGCUCUCUAAAGAAGCCACUAAAAGGAAAAUUAAUCUCAAUAUAUCAUGUGAUAUAAAUGAAGUAUCUGUGAACCACACCUUAAAGCUAAUCCACCCAAAAUUAGAAUAUCAGCUAAUGCUGGCUAAAAAGGUUGAACUGUUGGAUGCUUUAAAAGAAUUGCAGGCUCACGAAGGAAAUACAGACUUCCUGAUUCCAGAGUACCGCAGCAUUUUGGAGGAGGCAGAGGAGCUGCUCAAAGAACACAAAAAACAACCUACAUCUCUUGAAAGACUUUAUGGUAUGAUUACAGAUCUGUUCAUAGAUAAAUUUAAAUUCAAAGGCACUAAUGUGAAAACCAAAGUUCCCCUUCUCCUGGAAAUUUUGGGAAGUUAUGAUCAAAAAGCAUUGAUUGCCUUUUUUGAUAGCGCUGCUUAAAUGGGAAGAAUUGGACCAGCAAUCUGAAGAUAAAGUAGUGGACAUAGACCAGGCAUAUUUACAUCCAUUUUAAAAUAUAUGUUACUAUAUUUUAUUUUAUUGAUUUAUAUCAGUGUCUUGUACCUGUUAUUUUUUUUUAAAUGACUGAUGUCAAGAGCAUACGUUAUAUGAAAUCAUAGCCCCCCCUUUUGUUUGCUUGAACAAUGGUUGGUAUAGUUUGCUAAUUUGCAGUGAGAUCAGGUAUAUACAGUCCAAAUUAGUUUUAUGUAAAACAUUACCAGAUUCUUAGCUUUUAAAUAAUAUACAAUUGGAUUCUAAUUUAUUUUAGCUAUGAAAUGAGCAAACUUUGAAGCUUGAAAAUUUUGAAUAUAGCCAUGUGAAAUUGUGUACAGUAUUUUCUGUAAAUAGUUGAGCAAUCGCAUGAUCCUGCUGUCCUGGCAGGUCAUAUAUACCACUGCAACAUCUGUGUACCUGGUAGCUUAUACUUGUCCAAUACAGGAGGGAGCAGGAAAAUACACAAAGUAGAGGUAUACCUUCAGCAUCCAUGGAAGUGUGGCUACAAGGUCUGUGUCUGAACCCACAUGCAUAUCCAGCUCUCACAUGUAUUCCACACUACAAGAAGUUCAGCGUAUUUUUUGGAGAUACAACAUGUGCCCAUUAUGAGUAUGUGUUGACCCUUAUCUUUAUGCCCCAAGAAAUUAGCAUCCAAGAGGAAUUUAAAAAAAAAAUAUUGCUUACUAGAAAUGAAAGUGAUAGAGUAUAUAGAAGCUGCUUAAGGCAGUAAAAAUACAAUAUAAGCAGGCAGUAUACAUACACACCUUGAUCUAAAGACUAAAAGAAGCCCCAACUACUCCAAAAGCCUAAAGGGAGUGUGACAAUUUUUCAACAGACCCACACUAAAAGUGAGAAGGAAAGGAGGAAGGCAUACCUGUUCUAAGCAAAGUAUAGUGUCAGGCUGGUCCUUGAGAGUAUAGAGUGAAAAGAGCAUCUGUUUUAGAGCUUGUGAGAGUUAACUAGCCAUUGAAAAUCUGGAAAGUACUCUUUUUAAACCAUGUAUUCACAUGGAGAGGGGAAGUGGUUUUUUGGAUGAGUGAUUUGUCAUAAUACCUUUAUUCCUUUGUUGCAUUAUUUCCUGCACAUUUUUGUCUCUCCCCCCCCCCCCCAUUUUGUUUUCUUUUCUCAGUUGUUAGUUGACAUGAUCAUAGUAAGAAAUGACUAACUGGCUAUCUUUGAUUCCUGAAUUCUCCCCUCCUCACCCCAUCCUACAUACAAUACACAAAUUGCUGGGCACUGUGUAUGUGUACAGUACUGUACAUGUUGUACGUUAUAUGCAAUUAUGUAUAUAAGAAGGAAAUUACUAAAUUAUUUUAAAUAAAACUAUAUUAAUGGC